UCUGAACAUGGAACAGUCUCGCGUCGUUCCUCGAGCUUGCAGCGUCGGCGUCGCGACGCACUUCGAAACGCGCGACGAAACGUGAAACGUGAAACCGCAACAUCUCGAGCCUUUUUUCGACCUCUCGAAUCGUAACCGCGGUCAAGUUUUCCGUGUCAAAUUAGUGCCGCCCUCAGUUUCUGCUCAACUUAUCUAAGAUUUUUAUCGUGCGGUGAUGUGAACGUCGACGAUGGGUUCCAAGCCAGUUUGAGAUAGAGAAAAAGAAAGAGAUAGAGAGAAAAGGACAACGCUUACUUACCUCAAAGAGGGAAAGAGAGAGGAUAUCGCGGACAAAGGACGAAGAGGUGGAGGAGGAUAAGGCGGAGGAGAGGCUGGAGCGCAGGAAGCGAUGGUGCGCGAGGGUUUUAGAAGGCGGACCGGAUCCUCGGGGGUUUCCUGGAGGCCCCUGAUACUCCUGGCCUUCGUUUUUUCGGCUCUAUCAAUUUUCGCCGGCGUCGUCGAGGCUCAGUGCGGCGCCUCGGGCUCGAGUUCCUCCCAGCAGGACAAGCUUGCCCUCUACAAAGUCACCGUUAGAACUCACUGGUCCAGGGCUCGUUUUCCUCGGCAUUAUCCUGAGUGGCAACCGCCGGCUCAGUUCGGCAAGCUGAUCGGUCGGACCCACGACGCGUCCUACAGCCUCUAUCGCCUCGGGGAAAGACUGUCCCAGGGUGCGCGUCAGUACGUGGAAACGGGUCGUGCGGACGGUUUGGACGCGGGUGGAGACGCCCCGAACACUCUGCACUCGUUCGUCGGGCCGCCGGUGCCCCAGGGUGAGGGAACGAGCAUCGGACGUGCCUUUCUCGACGGCAACCACACCCUGGUGAGCGUCAUGGCGCGGAUUAACCCGAGCCCGGAUUGGUUCGUCGGCGUCGACUCCUUCCAGCUAUGCGUCGAGGGAAAUUGGGUGGACACCGUUACAGUCGAGCUCGAUCCUCUCGACGGCGGCACCGACAACGGAUUCACAUUCACAGCCGCCAACUGGCCGACCCAGCCGCAAGGCGUUGCCUACAGAAUCACGUCGAGGUACCCGGCGCAUCCCGCGGGAAGCUUCUACUACCCGAAUCUGCCUCGAUUACCUCCGCUGGCCACGCUCACGUUCACCAAGCUCAGGGAAUACACUCUCACCGAAAGAUACCACGAGGACGAUGUAGAGAUGGAAUUUGUUAGCAACGACGAACUCAUGUCCCAGUCUUCGGCGGCAAGGAUCAUCGACCCAAAUCGCGACCUCAACGAGGCCAUCGCUGAGGAACGCAGGGAAAUGGAACCUUACAGAUACAGGUACUGGACAACCGACAACAAUCAGCUGGUCACCGACCUUCCGAGGGACAACAAGGAGGCCAUUCUUCACAGCAUAGCCUCCACUUACGCCCAGCGGGGAAAAGCACCGACUCCGACAACCGUUUCCUGGCCGCCGAGGGACGCCUUGGCCAAGACGUCGAAGGCGCCCGGAUGGCCCUAUUACCAUACCAUGUAUCAGCAACAGCAGCAGCAGCAGCAGCAAAACUCGAACCUUCAAAGGAUCCACUCGUUCGAUAACAGCCAGCAAAAAAUUAACGCCGACGAUCGGAAACGGAACUCGACCCUGCUUCGACCCUGGGGAAACUUUACCACCACUGUUGACCGUGCCCAUCGACUCAGAGUCAAGCACCACAGGCUACCGUCGAAGGGAAAACACCCCAGAGUUCGAAUGCCGAGAAACUGUAAGGUCGGCGAAUGGGGACCGUGGAGCGCGUGCAGCAGGAGUUGCGGGGUCGGCGAGACGCAGAGAACGAGAAAGAUCAGUGUGAAACCCCGCAGGGGAGGAACGCCCUGCCCUCCGUUGAAGGAGACGAAAUGGUGCGGCAGCGCGAGUCCUUGUUCACCGGGCAGCGGGAAGCAGGUCGUCGAUAUAUAUCAGUGGUAGGGAAGGAAAAUUGAUAAACGAGGGAAAAUCAAGGGAUAGAGACCGAACGCGAGAGUACGUUAUACACGUUGUAAUGGAGAAAGUUUAAGAAAUGAAGAAAAACUUAAUAACAUAGUAAUUAUACGUAACAUAUGAUUGUGUGACGAUAAGCCAAAUAAUUGAAAACCAAAGAUAUGUGAAAGGGCGAAAGUAGCAACCAUCCCCCCCAACCCCCUCUGUUCUUGUAUACAUCUCUUUCAGCUGUGCAAGUAUGUGUGUACAAUUUAUAUAUAUAUAUAUAUUAUUAAUAUUUUCAAUCGCGUUAAUUCGAGUAAAUUUCAUAUUAUAUUACAUAUAUAUUGGACCGGAAUCGCUUAUUAUUGCUGCAACCGUCUUAAUAUUCUCUUUCAAUACGUUAAUUCUUGGAGGGAAAUUGAAGAAUAUUUCAGUCCUCGGAAUUUCACGAUCCCGUCAAUUUUCCAAAUUCGUAUACUGCCAAUACCUGUUGACGCUGCUUUUAUAAUAUAUUAUAUGCAAGUCAAUACGUGAUGUAUGAAUAUAUACAUACAUAUAUAUAUAUAUAUAUAUAUAUAUAUGUGUGUGUGUGUAUAUAUAUAUAGAUGUAUAUACUGAUGCACAACGACGAAAAAUUUCUCGCCGAAUCCGUCAUCAUUGUACCUGUUUAUUUAAGAGCAGAAAUCCAAAGUUUUAGCGUCAACCAAACAAACGUUAACUUUACUGUAUGUAGGUAGAUAUGAAAUUUUUCAAUUGAUGAGUAGAAAAAGAACAUGACAAAAACCGUGGUCUACCGCGUGUAUAAUUUCACGAGACAAUCCAAAAGUUGCAAUAUUAUUUUUUCAAUCUACGCUACAUCCACAUCGUAUAUCAUAUAUUUCUUCUUUUCGAAUUAUUUAAACGAACGAACUUGAUAAACGACAACGCGGUAAAAAAAAAUAAAAGAAAAAAAACCUGUAAAACUAAUAUGUUCACUGCGAAAAUGGUCAAUAUAUAUUUUCUGUCCAAAUAGUCAAAUGAUAAAACAAGAAGAAAAAAAAAAAAAAAAAUGAACAAAUGAAUAAAUGAAGUUGCAUCGAACCCUCUAUUUUCAUGAAAUAAAAAGUAAAAAAAAAAAGAAAAUAAAUAAAAAAAGAAAACGAAAAAAUACUACAGAAUCACGACAACAGUUGUGAAAUCUUAUUGCCAUAAAUCGUGUCUAACUAUAUAUAUAAUAAUAUAUUACUAUAUAUCUUGAAAAACCUUGGGAUUAAGUAUAUAAUAUUGUAUAUGUAUAAUUUAUCGAGUACAGAAUAUAAAGUGGGUGAAAAUUUUUACAAAAUAUCAUCAGGUACGGUUAGGUAAGUGUAUUAUAUCGUAGAGUUACCGUUAACGAUAAUAACUAAUUAUUAAUUAUGAAUAAAAACAAAAGCUAAUGACAAAAUUUGAAAAUUGGAAGAAUAAAAAAAAAAAAAUUAAUUAAACGUCACUUACAAUUUAGUGUAUAAUGUAUUAAAUAUAGAUGAUCAUGUACUGCCCGAGACAAGGCUUGACUCUCCGCUACUGCAUUCGAAAUCUUGUCAAAUCUCGUCCUCGAAUCAGUGUUUCUGUCGCAAAUUUUUUUGUCCGUAAAAUACCCCGUAUCCCUGGACAACAUCCGAACGAAAAAAAAAAAAAAAGAAAAUAACUUUGAACAGCCCGAACGGCCGUAAAGCAAGUAAAUCAGAUUCCAUAAAA